UCCCCAAAGCAGGAAGGAAGCGGUGGGGGCGGGCCGGGGCUCGGCGGCGGGAGGAGGAAAGUUUUUUUUUUGUGUGUGUGUCGGGAGCUCUCGGACCGUCCUGCUACGGGGGGGUGCGCAGCGCAGCCCCCUCCCCACCAAACCAGCGCCAUGCCCCGGGGUUGCUGAGGGCCGACACGGGGGACGCCGAGGCCAGCGGGAUGCAGAGCAUCAAGUGCGUGGUGGUGGGCGACGGGGCGGUGGGGAAGACCUGCCUCCUCAUCUGCUACACCACCAACGCCUUCCCCAAGGAGUACAUCCCCACCGUCUUCGACAACUACAGCGCCCAGAACACGGUGGACGGCAGGACUAUUAACUUAAACCUCUGGGACACGGCCGGCCAGGAGGAGUACGACCGCCUGCGGACGCUUUCCUACCCCCAGACCAACGUCUUCAUCAUCUGCUUCUCCAUCGCCAGCCCGCCCUCCUACGAGAACGUCAAGCACAAGUGGUACCCCGAGGUGUGCCACCACUGCCCCAGCGUGCCCAUCCUGCUGGUGGGCACCAAGAAGGAUCUGAGGAACAACCCCGAGACCAUGAAGAAGCUCAAGGAGCAGAACCAGGCGCCCAUCACCACCCAGCAGGGGAUCAGCCUCUCCAAGCAGAUCCACGCCGUCAAGUACCUGGAGUGCUCCGCGCUCAACCAGGAGGGCAUCAAGGAUGUCUUCACGGAGGCGGUGCGAGCCGUGCUCAACCCCACCCCGGCCAAGCCCAAGAAGCCCUGCGUCCUCUUGUGAGGGGCAGCCCGGGGGCAGCGCCAGCACAGCCAGAGACGCUCCUGCCCCGGCCCCGCCGCUCCCCGGGCGCUGCCCAGCGCCGCAGGACCCUGCCAGCAUCCCCCCGCUGCCCCCGGCUCCGAGCACCCCCGGCUCUGAGCUCCCCAGAUCUGAGCACCCCCAGCUCCGAGCACCCUGGCUCCGAGCACCCCAGAUCUGAGCACCCCCAGCUCCAAGCACCCCAGAUCUUAGCACCAACAGCUCUGAGCACCCUGGCUCCGAGCACCCCCAGCUCUGAGCCCACCCGUCUCCAAAUACCCCUGGCUCCGAGCACCCCGGCUCAGAGCACCUCCAGCUCCUUCCAAACACCCCCAGCUCUGAGCCCACCCGUCUCCAAAUACCCCUGGCUCCGAGCACCCCGGCUCAGAGCACCUCCAGCUCCUUCCAAACACCCCCAGCUCUGAGCCCACCCGUCUCCAAAUACCCCUGGCUCUGAGCACCCUGGCUCCGAGCACCCCCAGCUCCAAGCUCCCCCCAGAUCUGAGCACCCCCAGCUCCAAGCACCCCGGCUCCGAGCACCCCCAACUCCUUCCAGACACCCCCAGCUCCGAGCACCCCCAGCUCCAGGCUCGCUGCCUCCCGUGGUGCUCAGCAGGGCCGAGGGCUGCCCCGAGCUGUCACAGCCCGAGCGGCACCGAGCACCCUGCACUACCUGCCCCGGGGCCGGCCGGGCUCCCUGCUGCCCCCCCGGGGGUCCUGCACCCCCUCCGGCCCCGUCCUCAUCCCUGGCUGCCAGCGUUCGCUUUCGGGUGACACCUCUGCAGUGCCGGCACAGAGCAACGCUUCCUGAGAAGGGGAUGCCCGGGGGAGCUGCACCCCCCCUGGCUCCUGCCUGGGCACCCAGCCCCACGGGGACCCCACGGGUGCCCAGGGUCCGUCCUGCUUGGGGGGUCCCGGGGUGGGCUCAGCAUCGCCGCUCCCUGCGCCCAGCACCGGCCCCGGCGAGAGCGGAGCUGGGGAGGCCCUGGGGAGGGUUUUGUCCCCCCCCCCCAGGACCCCGGUGAUGAAGAACUGCAAAUGGCAAUGGGACCUGCCUGCCACGAGCCCCUCGCCGAGUUGCUUUUCUGUGAAUAAAACCAGCCCUGCCCAGGCC